GUAUACGAAACCGUUGUGGCCAUCGUCUCAAUGGUGGCCAUGGUCUGUGCUGCACGCGCUUUCGUUUGGUCAUUGACCGUGCUAUCAAUUCUCAGUGUUGGACUUGGUCAUGACAGCUGUUGCGCCAAGGCAGCCAUGGUGGGAGAAAGUGAAGUGACCAUGGUACCCGAUAUGAAUGCAAGAAAGCCAGAGGACUGGGAUGAUGAAGAGGACGGACCAUGGGAGCGGCCAUUAAUUCCCAAACCACCUGAUGCCGUGGUGACUAUUUUUUUCCGAGAUCUCUUGAACACAUUGGAAGAUGCGAGUCCCUGGCUUCUGCUUGGACUUCUUCUAAGUGGGGUCGUCAAAGCCGUGACUCCAACAAGCUUUGCUCAGCAGAUGCGUGGCUCAGGCGGUCUCCCAUUGGCCAAAGGUGCCUUCUUGGGAUUGAUGAGCCCUUUGUGCAGCUGCAGCGCCCUACCAAUGGCCUUAGGGCUUGUGACGGCAGGUGCCAGUCCAGGAGCUGCUGUUGCUUUUGUUGUCUCAGCUCAGGCUGCAGGCGUGGACUCUCUCCUCUUCACAGUUGGAAUUCUGGGCCUCCGCUGUGCCAUUGCGAGAACUCUUGCAGCUGGCCUCUUGGGGAUGGCAGCGGGCUUUGUCACGCCCUCUGGCGCAAACGGGCUCAACAGAAGCAGCAAAAGAAUGGCUGAUCCUGAUGCCUGUCCAAGCACUUCUGGAAGUUGGCUUCAAUGUGUAGGUAGGGGCCUUCAAGAGGCUUUGACUGAUGACUUCGAUGAGAUUGCACCAUCUCUCAUGCUGGGCUUCAGCAUCGCUUCACUACUUGCUGCGCUGUUGCCUGCCGGUGGUCUUGCGCAGAUAGCUUUGCUGGGAGGCCUUUGGGGCCGUGCCUCUGCAAUUGCUGUCGCUCUACCUCUGCAGUUCUGCGAGCAUGCUUCUGUUCCAUUGGCAGUUGCUCUCCAGAAAGCAGGGGCCACCGGCGGCCUCUCUUUUGCCGUUCUUGCAUCCUUGCCCGCAAUCAACUCAGCCUCCAUCGCACUGGUGGCUCAACUGGCUGGCCUGCGAGCAGCGUUGCAAGUUCUUCUUAUGAUUUGGCUAUGUGGAAUUUCUUUGAGCUACAUCGCUGACUUUGCCAAUGCAGAGGUGGUCCAGGUCGGUCAUUCUCAUGACGGUUUGCCACAGUGGUUCGUGUACAUCAGCAAGCCUUUGAUGGGUGUUAUUGCUUCACUUUCCGUUUGGCGCCUCUCCAGCUUUGGCACUGCAACAAGGGCUACAGGCUUCCUUGGAAUCGUGUUUACUCUUUAGCCCGCUGAAACAUAUCUUGCCCGCUGACGGUGUGAAUUUCACAAUUGGCUUGCCAAAGACGUGACCAACGACGUGAUGGAACCUGUCUGGUGGGGACAGUCGAUAAGGAAAAGG